AUGGAACAAAGCGGACGCCAGGCGUGGAUCGAGCGGUGGCGAUGUGUCGCCUACAUUGUGGCUUUGGUAACGUUUUGGAGCGAAGCCAACGCUCAGAUCAGAUAUUCCGUCUCCGAAGAGGUGAAAGAAGGAAGUGUUGUUGGAAAUAUUGCGAAAGACUUGGGAAUUGAUAAGGCUACACUGAAAGUCAGAGAAUAUCGUAUUGUUGGUAGUUCAGCGGAACCCCUUUUUCGUUUGGACGACGGUGUCCUGUACGUCAGCAGGAAAGUAGACAGGGAAGAGAUCUGCGAGAAGAGCAACGCGUGUGUAAUCAACCUUAAAACGGUCCUGGAAAAUCCUCUGGAAAUCCAUUAUGUUGCCAUCGAGGUCCUGGAUGUAAACGACCACUCCCCCGUCUUCCCGGAGAAAGAGAAAAGACUGGAGAUAUUUGAAUCGACAUUAGCGGGAGCAAGGUUCCAGCUCCAACCUGCACGCGAUCCCGAUGGUGGUCAGUUCGCUGUUCAGCAGUAUAGAUUAAGCAACAAUGACCACUUUCGUUUGGAAGUGAAGGAGAGAGGCGAGGACCGUAAGAUGCCCUUUCUGAUUUUACAAAAGCAGUUAGACAGAGAGGCUGCGAGAGAGCACAAGCUAACGGUUACAGCUGUUGAUGGUGGGAGGCCGGCGAGGUCCGGAACGACAGAAAUACGAAUUGAGGUGCUUGAUGUUAAUGACAAUUCACCAGUCUUUACUAAAGAUGUAUAUUCUGCUAUUUUAAAGGAAAACUCACCCCCUGGCACGUUAGUUGUUCAGGUCAAUGCGACUGAUUUGGAUGAAGGUGCUAACAGCGAAAUUGUUUACUCAUUUGGUAAAGAAGCGGAUGCACAUUUGCAAAAACUAUUUACUAUAGACCCAAGGACAGGCGAAAUUAAAGUGACCGGGGUAAUUGAUUUUGAGGAAAAUGAAAGUUUUGAAAUUGACAUACAAGCUUCAGAUAAGGGCACUGUCCGUUUUUCCACAGACAAAACUGUGCUAAUAAAGGUAAUAGACCUUAACGAUAAUCCUCCAGAGAUUGAAGUUACAUCAUUUUCCAAAUCAGUUCCGGAGGAUUCCAGGAUUGGAACAACAGUAGCUUUGAUCAGCGUGAAUGAUUUGGAUUCAGGCCUCAAUGGUAAGGUUUCCUGUUUUAUUCGUGAGGACGUUCCUUUCACUUUAUCUCCGUCCUUGCAGGAUAAUAUGUAUGCUAUAGUGACCAAAUCACAACUGGACAGGGAGGAAAAGUUUUCUUAUGAACUGACAGUUGUUGCUAAGGACACUGGUGAGCCAUCACUGUCAUCUGAAAAGACAAUAACCGUGGUUGUAUCAGACGUGAACGAUAACAAACCACAGUUUUCACUGAGCCCAUAUACAUUUUAUAUCACUGAAAAUAAUGACCUGGCAUCACCUGUAUUUUCAGUUCGGGCAUCUGACCUAGAUGACAGUGACAAUGCGCACAUUUCAUAUCACAUUCCGAGGGACGGCAGUGGAGAUGGCAUAAGUCUGUUUUUAAAUAUCAACUCUGAAAAUGGAGAUAUUCUGGCCCUGAAAAGUUUUGACUUUGAAACAGUGAAAACUUUCCAGUUCCAAGUUGUUGCCACAGAUUCUGGAACUCCGUCACUGAGCAGCAACGUCACAGUGAACGUGUUCAUUCUGGAUCAGAACGACAACGCUCCAGUCAUCUUGUAUCCACUCAGCUCCAACGGCUCUGCUGAAGGGGUGGAGGAGAUUCCCCGCAAUGUCAACGCAGGACACUUGGUGAGCAAAGUCAGAGCCUAUGACGCUGAUAUAGGAUAUAACGGCUGGUUGCUGUUCUCACUGCAGGAAGUCACUGACCACAGUCUCUUUGGUUUGGACCGCUAUACAGGACAGAUCAGAACACUUCGCUCAUUCACAGAGACAGACGAGGCUGAGCAUAAACUGCUCAUACUGGUCAAAGACAAUGGCAACGUUUCACUCUCAGCAACAGCUACUGUCAUUGUCAAAGUCGUGGAGCCCAAAGAGGCUUUUGCAGCUUCUGAUGUGAAAAGUGCAGCAAAGGAUGAGGAGGGGAAUGAUGUGACUUUUUAUCUGAUGAUCACUUUGGGCUCAGUUUCAGUACUUUUUCUCAUCAGCAUCAUCGUGCUGAUUGCAAUGCAGUGCUCCAAAUCCACAGACUAUACUUCUAAAUAUCUACAAGAGACUAAUUAUGAUGGGACACUGUGUCACAGCAUCCAGUACAGAUCAGGAGACAAACGGUACAUGUUAGUUGGACCCAGGAUGAGUAUUGGAUCUACUAUAGUCCCUGGCAGCCAUGCAAAUACACUCGUGCUCCCUGACAGGAGGAGGGCAUCCGGAGAGGUAAGAGUUUUUUGUGAAAGCUCGCUUGGUGUCACUGCUUGUGAAACUGAACGACUUCUCGGUUGA